AUGAGCAGAGCUUGGUUUGCAGCAGCUCACUCUGGAGAUGUUUGCACACUUAGAAGCCUCAUGGACACCUACAUUAGGAGCAGAGAUGAGAACGGAGAGACAGCGCUGUUAAUAGCCAUACGGGCAGGCCAUUUGAAUGCCAUCCAGCUUCUGGCAGUACACGAACUUACAACAAAAAGUCUGGCGGGAGUAUCACCUCUAGUUGCCAGCGUACAUCAGCGACGAAUGGAUAUGGUCCAUAUCUUGAUACGUAAUCCUCAGCUGCUAACAGUGCAAGACAUGGAUGAGGCGAUUGCUGCAGCGCACCAGGAAGGCGCCUUUGAAGAUAUUCUGGUCCAUACGCGUCGCAUAGUGGCAAUAUUAAACGACGCGUCAAGUCUCUUGAGUACGCGAAGCCCAACAGCAACAUCUUUAAACGGCAGCAAAGCAGGGUUCGAGGCCCAAGGACUUGGUGGGACCAUGCAUACUAAUAUGAAUACGCUCUUCGGCAUCGGUCUAGACACCCCCCAAUUUGAUUUUGGAAAAUCUAAUAACCUCAAGCAAUCUGAUAUUAAUGAACCUAGUUCCUCUCUAAGAACUGCUGAAACAGUCAAUGUAACUGGUGAAAGCGUUAACAACUGCUUAGAUUUAGUAUCCGGGGUCCCGCUGGACCUACAGGAUAUUGAGCUACCUGACAUGUUGGACGCAUCACUUGCUCGAGAAGAUCAAGUCCAAGAGGAGACCUCUACCUCUGAGCAAAAUAUUGAUCUUGCAGAGUCAUUACAAAAUUCAUCUAACACAAAUUUGAAUUCUCAACAGAGUCCCAGGCAAGACACUCCAACGAAUUUGUCAAAUAUAGAGUUGGCAGAAAAGAUUGAGGAUCUAGACUUUUCUGAUGAUAAGGACCAAGGUCUUACAGUGCUCGACGUGGUAGAUAGCUUUCAGGGCUCUGUUCAGUCUUCGUCUGUUUGCAAACAAACCCCUCUUCCAGAGAAUAGUAGGUUUCUCAACAUCACUCCGUGUGCCAGAACAGCAAAUGGCAGCGAGAUUCAGUCGACAGAGGCCCCUGCUAUGUCUAUUCGGGACUUUAGCCCCCGUUUUAGAAAGAAUCCAGAUGCCUUCCAACUACUCUCUGGAAAGGGCUCAACAAAGCUAAAGAAUAUGCUCCACACUCCAGCUCCAAUGUGCACGACGUUGAGCCAUGACUCCGGCGAUAGUGCACACUGUCCCUGCUGUAUUCAAUAUGUAGAGCAAAUUUCUACUAUGCAAACACUUAUAGCUAAUCUAGAAACGCGUAUAUCUGGGCUAUACGGAAAGAUAAAGGAAACCACCGCGGAUCGUGACAAGUGGAAAGAGCACGCCGAACGUGCCACCGAAGAAAUCAGAGCGAAGAAGCAAUACAUUCAUACAUUAGAAGAACGGAUUGCCAAAAUGGUCACUGAGUUGUCGAGAGAUGCUCAGAAGCAAUGUUCUGGCAUGGACCCAAAUAAGAACACGGACCUAAUCAAUAACGCUAUUAUUGGGAAUUUACACGGUGUAUAUGCAUAUAUAAGCCAAGUAGGUCAUGUGAAUGCGUGCGGGCAAACAGCCCUCAUGCUGGCCGCAAAGAAUAAUCACCCAGAGGUAGUUGCAGUUCUAGCUCCCCUGGAGGCGAAAAGGUAUUGUUGUCACGGGAAGACGGCCUUAAUGUAUGCAUCUGAGGCCAAUUCUGUUGAAUGUGUUGAGAUUUUACUGGACCUUGAAAAGUGCAUGGCAUCCCCAAGCACAGACUUGCUGGAAUCGGCUUAUGAUUAUGGAGAAGCUGCUUCUGUUUCUGGUCGUACAGCCCUUAUGAUAGCAGCAAAGGUUGAUGCGAUUCAGGUGGCAAAGCUUCUUGUGGAAGAUGAAGCGGGGAUGCAGAUGACCAACGGCGUGACUGCUCUUAUGAUUGCUAUCUCUAAAGGGCACGAGCAAAUUGCACAUAUGUUGCUACUAAAAGAGAGUGGGCUAGAGACCAAAGAGGGGGACUUUGCCCUCAGACGUGCAGUGCACAAGAGGAUGCGGGGAGUGAUCAGCACCCUUAUGUACGCAGAGGAGCGGCUGAUGAACAGCGUGGGGUGGACACCAAUGAUGAUUUACACUAUGCUUAGCGAUUUGGACUCAGUCAAACAAUAUGCAGCGUCUGAUUACGGGAAGAAAGACAUAAAUGGUUGCACUGCCUUGAUGAUCAGCGUCCGUCUUCGUUUGACGCCAAUAACUAAAUUUCUAGCGGCAAAGGAAAGCGGGAUCAUAGACCUACAAGGCCGCACAGCUUUGAUCAUCGCCGUUCAACUAGAAAACAUAUCAGCUAUCAAGGUGCUUGCACCUUUUGAGCGGAACAUUAGAUCACUGUCUGGCCUUGCGCCACUAGACUACAUACCGCAAAAAUCUCAGAACAAAAAGCGUAUUAAAGAGAUACUAACCAAAGCCUAUUAG